UUUCGCGCAUGGUGUUUCUGGUCUAAGAACACGUAUACACAGUGUGUUGGUAAACUCAUGUGAUUUAUGAUUUGUAUGAUCAGUGCUUUUCAACUUAACGUGUAUACUUCUAUACAUCAGUAUGGCAUUCAUCAGUUAUUAUUUUGUUUUAUUUUUGGUCUGUGUUUGUACGUUUGCUGAUGAUGUAUUCGAAGAAAACGACUUAGUUUUUUUGCGAGAAGCCGGAAAUAAUUGGACCGGCUAUUGGAUGUUAGUGACUCGAGAUGGCCAACGAUCGCCGAACCCUGAAUCAAUUGUGGUUGAAAUUUUAAAACCAAAUACAACUGCCUACAACGAUGUUUUGAAUAAAUUGGUCUCUGAAGAAAUUGAACCUAAGUACGAACCAAGAUUUAUUGAAGGAGAAGUAGGAGAUGAGUUCAUACCUGUCUGGUUUCCGCCUCAAGAGUAGAUUAGUAUAGAUAGAUCUGUAUUCAUAUUUCUUAGAAUAAGAGAAAAACAUACCUUUUUGGAAAAUGAUAAAUUUUAUUUUUAAUAAUUUAUACACAUACUGUUAUAAUUUAAUAUAAUAAUUUAUCAUUCAACCUAUAAUUUGUUUUACAUUUUUUUAAAGUAACGUUAUUUAUUUUUAACGUACAAAUCAUGACAAAUUAAAUCGUGAAGAAAACUAUA